AUGCGCUGGGCCCGCGGGUUCACAGACCUGCGCGCGGGCGGCGCUCCAAGCCGGCAGCCCCUCGCACCAUCUUCCGCCGCCACCGAGGAUGAGGCGGCGGCUACCAACCUUCCAUCCGGCACCGCCACUGACACAAUCACCGGUGUCCGGGAGCCAACCGCGGCCCCGAACUCCGGGCGGGAGGGAGGGGUCCGGGCGGAGAAGGGACGCGGUCAGGCCCCUCGGCUCUGGGUCAGAGGCCGGAGGACAGAGGGCCGCGGCCGGUCAGAGCCGAGGGGCCGAGGCGACGAGAGGACCCUGAGGCAGCGCCGAAAGCUCGGCAGGGCCGCGGACGCGGCCGCGGCAGGGUUUGUUGUUUUCGACUCCGUCCCUUCCCCCGCGGAGCAUGCUGGGAAUCAGCGGGCGGGGAGGAGGGGCGGUCCCGGAGCAGCAAGGAGGCGACGCGCAGGUCCGGAAGUGGCCGGCCUGCCGGGAACCGGGACGACCCCUCUUCCAGUUGCUAUCCUCCGGCCGGCGCCUACGUCAUCCUCUCCCAAUCCGUGGAGACGGUGCUGGGACGGCCUGUUUCGGUGCUAUCCGCGGUCCAGGCACUUAGUACCACAAGGCUGUGGCGGAGGAGCUGGUCAAGCUGAGGGUGGAGAUACUCGCCUCCUGACCCGGGGGGCAUUCCGCACACGGGGUCAAGAUGUGUUAAGAGGAUGAGGUACCAGGAGGUGUAUUGUCCUGCCGGGCUGACUGUUGCCGCCACUACCCGCUCCCACCAAGACCGCCAGGACUGCCAGCGCUGACAGAUGUCUGGGAGUUCUAUGUGGCGGCACAAUUUUUCUCAGACCAGGGAAGAAAAUUAUUCCUCAUCUUCUCUCUUAGAGGCUGGAAGAAAUGAUCAGAAGUGAUUGGUUCAUACCUUACAAAUUCACACCUUCUCCGGAGUGUAAAUGUUUAGAGUUUAUAUGCAUCUCAAGUUAUUUCCCAGUGAUAAGUGAAAACAUGAACAUUUUUUAAUAUAUAUUCAGGAAGCUAGAGGAAGUACCAAUACAGGUUACUAAAACCACAUGUGUCCAUAAUAAUGUGUCAACAAGUGAUGUUUUCCUUCAAAACAAGGAUAUUGAAAAUAAGAGUAAACAAAAAACCCUCAUGUAGCAUUACUUCUCAGCCAAGAUUCUUGAUAGGAAGUCCUCAGUGCAGUCUCAUUUUCACUUACUGUGCUUUUCUCACUAAAAUUACACAUCAUUAGAGACCUCCAAGUUAUUGUGUUAAAUGGAAAAUUCUGAGACUUUUGAACGUUUGUAAAGAGUUUGCUAUUUUAAAUUAAUCUUUUUAUCUCUUUUUGUAGUGUCUCUUUCUUAAUUUUCCUUUAGUCCUCUUCCAAAUUCUCAAGUAAUUAUAACACAGUGUAAAUGAUGCAAAUAUAAGGUACUAUGGGAGAAUAGACAAGUGAGACCUAAUCUUAUCCUCAUCAUAUUGUUUUGUAAUAAACAUUUAGAUUCUUUGAUAGAUUUAUAGUGUGGGCAAAAGGAAACAGUUCUCUUUCGGAGGCACAUAUAAGGAUUAUACAGAGUUUACUGCUAAACACACUAAGCAUUUACUUUAAAUUCAUUUCAAUCAAAAUCUUUUUCCUUCAGGUCUCAACCUCACUGUCACUUUCUCAGUGAAUUCUUCCAUAACAUAUCCAUAGUUCUCCUAGAUUCUUGUAUCUUUAAGUAUCUAUCUAACCUGAAAUGUAAGUCCUUUUUAAACAGGAACUGUUUUCCCAGUAUCUGUGUAGGUAGUGUAUACACAAACAUUUGUUGACAAUGCCCUACACCUUUUUCAGACCCUCAAUUUAUAGCACAACUCACUAACUAGUCUCUAUUAUUUAUUUCGUCCAAAACCAAUCUGAUUAUGUCUCUUCCCUGCCUGACAACCUUCCUUGGUCUUAUUUUGCAUAUUAGAUAUAAUUUAAAUUUAUUAACUUACAUAUGAAUCUCUUUAUUAUGUACCAAUCCAUCUCUGCAAUUAUACAGGGGUUGGCAAAAGUACAUUUACAGUUGUGAGUACACAAACAAGUUUACUCUUGUAUUAUACAUUACUUAUUUCCCAUACAAACAAUUGUAAACCUACUUUUGCCAACCCCCUGUAUCUUUCAGCACUUUUCCCCUUUACAUUUGCCUUAUAUGGGUUUCCUCAUCCAUUAAUGUGUCCUUCCCCUCUUGUUCACCUUUCAAAGUCAUCCCUUAAAACUGAUCUUGCACACCAGCCAACUUUUGCUGCUAGAGAAUAUAGUGAUCACUCACCCUUUUACUACCUCUGCUCCAUGUUACACUACCAUAAAUUUUUGUCUCCCCUCUUAAGUCUGUGAAACCCAUUAGAUUAGGAACUAUAAAUGAUCCAUUUUUAAGUUCUUAGAAUUUUAUAGAGAACUUGUCACAGAGUUAACAAUAAACUGGUCAAUAUAAUUCUGCAAAUAUUGAGAGUCUACUAGGUAAGUUAUUGUGGGAAAUUACUGCCCUCAAAUAUCUCAAAAACUCAUACAGGGACCACUAAAAAUCAUAAUAACAAGUGUAUAUGAUAGUCUUCUUUUGGUAUCCUUGGGGUAAUUGGUUCCAGGACACCCUGCCCCUCUCUGCAGACACCAACAUCUGCAGUGCUAAACUCCCUUAUAUAAAAUGGCAUAUUUGCAUAUAAUCUAUGCACAUCCAUACAUACUUUAAAACUGUCUUGAGAUUACUUAAUACCUAAUACAAUGUAAAUACUAUGUAAAGAGUUUGUUAUACUACAUUAUUUAGGGAAUAAGUGAUGAAGAAAAAGUACAUGUUCAGUACAGACCCAACCAUUGUAGACCUAACUACAUAGUACACAUCAACAACAACCUAACAUUUUUAGAAUAUAAUAGUUGCAAACUGGUUGAAUUUAUAGAGGAGAAACUAAGAAUUGUAGGGCCAACUAUACAUCAGGAUAUUGGAAAGAUCAUGGUAUACAUGAUAGUUUUCUUAACUAUCUGACUUGGGAUUUUAUGCUGUGUGUAUAUAUAUAUAUAGAUAUAUAUAUAUAUAUAUAUAUAUAUAUAUCCAUCCAUCCAUCUCUGCAUACCUCUGAAACAACCUAGUCUCAUUAUCCUAAUAUUCUUUUAGAUUAUGUUUAAACAGCCAGCAACCACAACUGACAAUUUGCCUUUUCAAAGUAUGAGUCACAAUUUUUCAUUUUUAAAGUUAACCCCUUUUUAAGAGCAUUGGACUUUUUUUUUAAGAUCAUAGCUAAUUUGAUGUAAAAUAUGGUCAUACACAUUAAGGCUUCUGCCACUAUGAUUAUAAGUUAAUGUUUUCAGCAGUGUUUACAGAAUUUAAAGGUACUCUACUCAGUAUGUUGGUGCUCACACAUGUUACUAAUGAUAAUGAUAGUUAACUUAUGACUACCUUCAAAGCCAGUGAUGAGCUUGUGAGUAAUGCCAUUUCUGAUGCUGCAACACAUACAAGAAAAUAUUUCUAGCAUGCUUAAUUUCCCAACAGAUUUAAACUAAUGGAAUGACAAAACAUUUUUUAAGUUGUCUUUAAUUAUUUUGAUGAAAAACUUCUCAGUUAAAUGUACAAAAGUAGAGCUGGAAUGUCUUAAAGCAGAAACUGAUAGUCCUACAGAUGCAGCGAUGGAUUGGAUUCAAACAUGAAGUGCUAGUUGGACUUCAGGAGCUUCCUUGACUGUGACCCACAUUAUUAAAAAAUACAUUUUAACACUGACCUGGUAUGGGCCUCUGUAUCAAUAAAACAAUUUGACAAGAAGUA